AUGAGCGGAAUUGCUACGUCUUCUUCUGGACAGAAAGACGAUUACCAGAAUGAGUUGGUGUUUGAGCGAAACAGGCUACCUCCAAGAGCGUAUUUCAAAUCAGAGCACUCGUUGAAUCUGAACGGUCGUUGGAAGUUUCACUACGCUUCUUGCCCUGCAAAGGCGCCAUCAGAAGAUGAUGAUAUCGCUUCAAUCGAAAAUUCAUCCACAAUUGAUGUUCCUGGCCACUGGCAGCUUCAAGGCUACGGAAAACCUCAUUACACCAAUGUUCAAUUUCCAUUUCCGGUAGAUCCGCCUCAUGUUCCUUCGGAAAAUCCAGUUGGGACUUAUUCAACAGAAUUCAGAGUGCCUUCAAAAUGGAAAAGUGCUGGAGAAAUGAAUUAUCGGCUGAGAUUUGAUGGCGUCGACAGUGCUUUCCAUCUUAGCGUUAAUGGAUCUCCUUUUCAGGCGAGAUACAGUCAGGGGAGCAGAAAUCCUGCUGAGUUUGAUAUUACGGACCUGUUGAUCCGCGACGGCUCCAGCUUGAACAUAAUCACCGUACGAGUGUAUCAAUGGUGUAUAUUUCGUGAUGUGCAUCUUAUUGGAUUUCCUACACGUGGUAACAUCGAAGAUUUCACUGUUCGUACAGAACUUGAUGACCAGUACAAGAAUGCCAAAUUGAAUCUUGACAUUGCGUACUCUGUUGCAGCGGCCUCAAAUGUGAUUGUUUCACUCGAAAAGGCUGGAUGCAAAGGGACGGCAGUAUUUGAACAGCAGUUUGAGCUGGAAGCCGGAUCUUCUCAGCGUAGCUUUUCUUUUGAUGUGUCAGAUCCCCUCAAAUGGACCGCUGAAACACCCAAUCUCUAUGAAAUUUGGAUCACGCUGGCUGGAGAGGAAAAAGGAAAAGCACUUCAAAAGAUCCAUCAGGAAGUUGGUUUUCGACAGGUUGAAAUCAAAAAAGGGAAUUUGACAGUAAAUGGCACGGCAAUUCAUCUAAAUGGUGCCAAUAGACAUGACCAUCAUUUCAAAUAUGGACGUGCGGUUCCCUUGGACUUCAUCCGCCGAGACCUUCUUCUCAUGAAAACUCACAAUAUCAACGCCUUACGCUGUUCUCACUAUCCCUCGCAUCCGGAAAUCUAUUCACUAGCCAACAAGAUUGGCCUAUACGUCAUGGACGAAGCAGAUCUCGAGUGUCAUGGCUUCUACGAUGCUGUUGCAAGACCACUACAGAUUCCCGAAUCUCAGCCAUAUGAAGAGCGUAAACUCUUGACGUUUCCACAAUCUGCAAAAUUCACAACAGAUAAAGAAUCGUGGCAAGGUGCUUAUGUGGAGCGAAUGAAGCAGAUGGUACACAGGGACAAGAACCAUCCAUCGAUCAUUUUCUGGAGUUUAGGAAAUGAGGCCUUUUACGGAAGAAAUCACAAGGCAAUGUACGACUGGGCGAAGGCGUAUGAUCCCACACGACCUAUCCAUUACGAGGGUGACGCAGAAGCUCUUUCUGCGGAUAUGUUCUCCUAUAUGUACAUGUCAAUCCCCGAACUUGUCAAGCGGGCGAAGGAACAUGGCGACGACUUUGAGAAACCAAUCAUUCUUUGCGAAUUCGCUCAUGCUAUGGGCACCGGUCCAGGCGCUCUGCAAGAGUACCAAGAUGCUUUCCGUGCUCACCGACGUCUUCAAGGUGGUUUCAUUUGGGAGUGGGCCGAUCACGGUAUCUUGACAAAGACUGAUGAUGGUACUCCUUUCUUCGCAUAUGGUGGGGACUUCGGUGACUAUCCUAAUGAUGGCAACUUCGUUAUGGAUGGUCUCUGCGACUCCGAGCAUAAUCCCAGAUCGGCUCUAGUGGAAGCUAAGAAGGUGUUUGCGCCUGUGAGCAUAGGUCGUGAAGGCGAAUCAAUUCUCGUCACGAACCAUUACGACUUCAGUUCGUUAGACCAUCUCAAGGCGCAUUGGACACUCUCCACUUUUACUGCUGGAAACUCCGAGAGCAUAGUCUCUUCGGGACUCCUAUCUCUACCAAAUGUAGCUGCAGGCGAAACCGCCACUGUGGAUAUGCCAAACUUUGGCCAAAUCGAUCAGCUUACUGGAGAAGCUUGGCUGUCUGUAUCCAUGGAGCUCGCCUCUUCCACUGUUUGGGCACAUGCUGGGCACCAAAUUGCUUGGGGACAGUUCAGAGUUGGCGAGCAAUCUCUUGUCAAAUUUGGACAGACAGAACCAUCCUCCGGGAUUGACAGCCCCACACUGUCUGAUCGCUUGGCGAUAUUGACCUUGUCAAAUCCAGAUGUAAUCUUUGAGUUUGAUAAGAGCAUUGACAAGAUUACCAAGUGGUCUAUUCGCGGUACCGAUAUCUUUGAGGUCGGCAAUGGGCCACACCUUACUUUUUGGAGAGCUCCGACUGACAACGACAUACCCGAAAUUGCUCAGUACUGGGUGUUGUUUGGCCUCGACUCGAUGCAAAAGCAAGUCCGGUCUGUAAGCCACACUCUGGAAGACGGAAAUCUUCAGAUUACCACAAAGACCUGGGUCAGUCCGCCAAUCUUAGCCUGGGGAUUCGACACUACUACGAAAUACACUCUGCAAGGCGACGGCAGUAUCAAAAUUCACAUUCAUGCCGAGCCGCGAGGAUCAAUCCCAAUCACACUACCGAGAUUUGGAUUGGAGAUGAAAAUGAACAAAAGCACAGAUACGAUCAGGUGGUUUGGUCUAGGUCAAGGUGAAACAUAUAGAGACAUGAAGCAAGCCGGCAAACUCGGUGUCUGGACAAACAGCGUCGAUGAAAUGAUCACCCACAACGCUUUCCCACAAGAAAGCGGCAACAGAACAGACACAAGAUGGGUACACUUGCUCAAUUCCAAGGGCUCAGGUAUUCAGGCGGAGCUUCAAUGCGAAGCACCCAAGAAUGAAGGUGGAUUUGAUUUCAAUGUCAACAGACAUUCAGCACACGCUUUGGAGAAGGCGAAACAUCCUUAUGAGCUUGCACGAAGUGAUGAGGUUAUCUUUAGAGUAGAUGGAGGACAUCAUGGGUUGGGUACGGCCAGUUGUGGACCUCCUACUUUGGAACAGCAUUCUUUGCAUACUCAGGUCUUGGAUUUUACUGUUCUUUUGACGCCUGUUGGGUUAUAG